AAUAAAACGAGAUGGCAGAGGAGACUGCAGAUGAAAAGAAACUGGUUGCCAAGUUUGAGCUGGAGAGAGAGACUGAACUCCGCUUUGAAGUUGAGGCCUCACAAACUGUCCAGCUAGAACUUAUGACAGGCAUGGCUGAAAUCUUUGGAACUGAGCUGACACGAAACAAGAAAUUCACCUUUGAUGCUGGUGCUAAAGUUGCUGUAUUUACCUGGCAUAGUUGUUCUGUGCAACUAACUGGUCGGACUGAAGUAGCUUAUAUCUCCAAAGAUACGCCCAUGCUUCUCUACCUCAACACUCACACAGCUCUGGAGCAAAUGCGGUGGCAGGCUGAGCGUGAAGAUGAGCGGGGACCUCGGGUGAUGGUGGUGGGCCCCACAGAUGUAGGCAAGUCAACGGUCUGCCGCCUGCUAUUGAAUUAUGCUGUGCGUCUUGGACGCCGACCCACAUUUGUGGAACUGGAUGUAGGCCAAGGCUCAAUUUCAAUCCCAGGCACUAUGGGAGCACUCUAUAUUGAACGACCUGCAGAUGUUGAAGAAGGAUUCUCUGUUCAAGCCCCCCUGGUUUAUCAUUUUGGGUCUACCACACCUGGCACAAAUAUCAAGCUCUAUAACAAAAUCACAUCUCGCUUGGCUGAUGUGUUUAAUCAGCGCUGUGAAGUGAACCGCAGAGCUUCAAUCAGUGGCUGUAUCAUCAAUACGUGUGGCUGGGUAAAGGGAUCUGGAUAUCAGGCACUUGUACAUGCUGCUUCUGCUUUUGAAGUUGAUGUUGUUGUAGUGUUGGAUCAAGAACGCCUCUACAAUGAAUUGAAACGCGAUCUGCCUCACUUUGUUCGAACUGUGCUACUUCCCAAAUCAGGUGGAGUGGUAGAGCGCUCUAAAGAUUUCCGGCGGGAGUUCCGUGAUGACCGCAUACGUGAAUACUUCUAUGGCUUCCGAGGGUGCUUCUAUCCACAUGCUUUUGAUGUCAAGUUCUCUGAUGUUAAGAUAUAUAAAGUGGGAGCGCCCACUAUCCCUGACUCAUGUCUGCCUUUGGGCAUGUCACAGGAAGACAAUCAACUCAAGCUAGUCCCAGUUACACCCGGCCGUGACAUGGUUCAUCAUCUAUUAAGCGUUAGCACUGCAGAUGGCACUGAUGAGAACAUCUCUGAGACCAGUGUGGCUGGUUUCAUUGUGGUAACUGGAGUAGAUCUGGAACGCCAAGUGUUCACAGUGCUUUCACCAGCACCACGCCCGUUGCCAAAGAAUUUCCUGCUCAUCAUGGACAUUCGUUUCAUGGAUCUCAAGUAGAGUCCAGACUGGAAAAGCUCCACCAAAUUCCCAAUAGCUCUUUUACAAAUAAAA